AUGUCGGUACAUGCGCCGGCUCCCGAGCUGGCUGGCGCACCUGUUGAGACCGAGUCCGGGCAAGCAAGCUCGAACGUGUCUCAAUCUGGCGACGAGUCUAACCUCAACGGCCAUAACGAUCCGGAGAGCCCCCUGGGCCUGGUUGGCAACGACGAAAUGAAGACAGGUCUUGCUCGUGUCGGUUUUCAAGGCCUAGCCCUUGACAAAAACGACAUCAAUAUCAGCGAUGCUGGCUUCGACGUCAAGGUAGGUGGUAUCAGUUCAUCCCCCAUUCCGAUCAACCAGAAGACGACAGGUCUCUCAUAA